AUGAGCGCGUCCUCGUCUGCGCCCGUGUCCGUGUCUGGCAGCAACAAGGCAGGGAAGAUACGUGCUGUGCUACACGGAGACCAUGUCGCGUUCCCGGAGAUGAUGUACACGUAUCCGCUCAAGUUACUUGCACCGCGCCUGCCCGGUGCGCGCGGAGCAGCGAUCGUCUAUAUGGUCUCUUACGGCGGCGGCCUUGUGGGAGGAGAUCGCGUGCGGUUGGACAUUGAUGUGGGCAGGGGCGUCAAGCUAUUGCUACUCUCACAGGGCUCGACGAAGGUGUUCAAAACGCGUCCCGGGACUCGCGCCGCAGCGUUUCUAGCCAAAGCUUCAGAUCCCAACGCGACGGAGACAAGGCAGCGUCUGAUAGCGCGCGUCGCACCAGGUGCACUACUGCUGUUGCUACCAGAUCCUGUGACAUGCUUCGCGAGUGCGGCCUAUGCUCAACUUCAGACUCUACAACUGGAACGCGGGGCCAGCGCUGUACUCUGCGAUUGGUAUACCUCGGGCCGUGCUGCGCCUCCUCGGGAAGAGCGAUGGGCUUUCGCGCGGUAUGCAAGCGUAAACGAGGUGUGGGUUGAUGGGGCCAGGGUUGUGAGGGACGCGACGCUACUUGAGCAGCGUGCAGAGGGCGGGGAGAGUGCGCUCGAGAAGAGGAUGGGCCCGUACGGGUGCUUUGCGAGUGUGCUUCUUGCUGGGCCACUCGUGAAAGACGUGUGUACGGAGCUUGUGGCGCGCUUCGGUCAGGAGAGCGUGUUCCGUGUGCGCGCCCCGCCACACCUACUCUGGUCUAUCAGCCCUGUCAGCGUACAGGCCAGUACUCCAGAUCCCGAGGCCGUAGUGCACGUGCUUCGCGUCGCGGCCGUGGAGACGGAGGAUGUACGGACGUGGCUGAGAGGCGCGCUGAGCCCUCUGGCCAAUGUUGUCGGAGAGGAAAUAUAUUCAAAAGCAUUCGUCUGA